AUGACUGGAGGAGAUUCGAAGACCCUCAUGUUCGUACAAAUCAGUCCUACCGAGAAGGAUCUAAGCGAGACACUAUGCUCACUGAAUUUUGCUAGCAAAGUAAGAGGGAUAAAGUUGGGACUUGCAAAGAAGCAGCUAGACAAUACUGAACUCUUGAAAUACAAGCAAAUGGUUGAGAAAUGGAAGCAACACAUGAAAGGAAAAGACGAACAGAUGAGGAAAAUGGAGGAAAUGAUGUCCGGCUUAGAAGCAAAGAUUAAGGAACGAAUCAAAGAACUUGAAUCACAUCUACUGGUGGAGAGGAAGCUGGCUCGUCAACACGUAGACACCAAGAUUGCUGAGCAGCAGAUAAAACAGCAGAACGAAGAUGAAAACAACACAUCAAAGAGGCCACCACUUGCAAACAUACUGUUGGGAAGCAACAAGGUCUCAAGCGAAACCUCAACUUCGAAAGAAACGGUGAAUCUAUCCCGAUCAACACUCUCGGAGAGCAACACCAUCUAUGACCUACCUCCUUUACCUAACGGUGGCUUCAAGCACAACGACUUCACUGAGAAGGAGAACAAUCCAGAAAUGGCUGAGAGAUUGCAAAUACCCAAGAAAACAGGAAGAUUCUCCGUUUGUCCAAUAUGUAUCCUACCACCUCCAGCUCUUGCCCUAAUGCCAUUCUUCCCAUUCACAUCAACUUCGCCUUUGAGGCCAGCAUGCUAA